AAAAUGGUUUCACACGUUCAAGAAACUGGCUUUAGAAGAAAAUGUCGAAUAUUAACAUGGAUGUUUGCAUUGUACGUAUAACAAGUAAGCGCGUCGGUGUGUAUUUCCACAUAAACUGUCUUAACCCAAUUCUCGCGAUUGGCGCGAAGGGUUGAAACCGUAACGAUUGGCGAUCGUCAAUGACGUAUCGAAGCACGACCUUUUCCGAUUGGUCUAGACAUAAUCCCCACUCCUCUUUGCGAUCGGCUGACUCAACCGAACGUAUUCUAACAUCAUGCUGUCCGAAUGGGCCACGUGAGCAAAUUUAUUACCAUUUUUAAAAUUCGACAUUCGUAUAAAAGGGAGACCGAGAACUAUCCGAGCAUAAGCUUAGUUUCUUCUACGAAGCAAACAACCAACCCAACCAACCAACCAUGUUCAAGCUGGCUGUCCUCGCCGCCAUUUUGGCCGUCGCUGUUGCCGCUCCCGGAGGUCUUACUGGCAUCGCCAUCAGCCCUGGAACCGGUCCGAUCCACGCUCCCCAAGUGGUCUCUGCUGCAGUUCCCGUAGCUGCUGCUCAUGUCGUUGCCCAACCUGUGGCUCCGGUUGUCCACCAGACCCCCAUCGUCACCAGGACCGUCCUUAACCAUGCCGCUUAUGCCGCACCUCUUCUCCAUGCUCCUCUUCAUGGUUAGACAAUAGCAUCGACGAUAAAUCUCCAACCUACCAACUACCACCAAAACAACCAACCAACCAACCAACCAACCAACCAAUCAACCAAUCAACCAACCAACCAACCAACCAACUGUCAUGACGAGACAAGACCAACCCCUGAGACUACACAACAUCCCUCACAUCAUCUGGAAGCCUCGUUGAUUGCGUUCUCGUGUGACGAUGGGAAAGACCAUAGGCUCGGAGAAACACACAUAAAAAAAAAGAAACAAAAAAAAGACGAAACGAACUUCACACCACCCUUUGAACAACCACCACCACCACCACCACCACACCACUACCACACACCUACUCCAACCACCCACCCACCCACCACCCCUCUUCAAGUCACCAACAAAGCACCGACACCAACGACCACGACCAGGACAUUCCCCAGUUCAUCCGACGGAAAAUGGUUAUGGAAAAGGAUAAAUUAACCAAUGAAAAUUUAUGUGGAAGAGGACUUCGAAUCGGCAUAUCUGGCAAUCCGACGAAUUACCAACAUUGGCACGGCCUAAUUUUCGUUUUAAUUUUUCAUUCUUGGAGAUUCGUCAUCGCUGAAAUUCGAAUAUUCGUACGACUAUCUUCCCACAUUUCCACCCCCCCGUUCACACCCCACCCUCAUCUCGAUCCCUACCAACUUUCAUAUGGAAUUUUAAUAAAAUUUUAAUUAUAAAAAAAACAA